AUGGCAUCAUCGUCGUCGUGGCAACCGGCGCAAGAAGGCGUGCAACAGGUUGGACAACUCUUGCAAGAGUACAUCCAACCGAACGCGAACCAACAGUUGAUGUACCAAAGACUGCAGGAGUGCUCGAAAUUCCCGGAUUUCAACUCGUAUUUGGCGUUGAUUUUGUGUAAAGGAGACGGGACGUACGGGGACGACGUUCGGCAAACCGCCGGUCUUUUGCUGAAGAACAACUUGAAGACAACUUGGCAGUUUUCGGAGGAACCGCACGAGUCGUUCAUCAGAGACGCGCUGACUGGGAGCAUGACGCACCCGUCGAGAAUUGUCAGACGAGUCGUUGGGACGUCGUUGGCGAUAUGUGUUCGACAGAAAGGGUGGCAAUCGGCGCCGCAGUUGUGGCAAUUGAUUGCGGAAAAUUUGGACGCUUCGAAGGACCCGAACGCGUUAGACGGCGCGUUGGACGCGUUGUAUAAAAUUUGCGAAGAGACGAACGGGUAUUUAGAAAGCGACGUGGCCACGGCGAACCAAGUUGGUUUGCCAGAGUGCCCGGCGAGUUUAGUCAUUCCGAAAACGUUGCAACUGUUUGGACAUCCGGACGGGAAGGUGAGACAAUCCGCGAUUGCGAUUUUGAAUAUGAUUGCGCCGUCCUGGCCGAGGGAAAAACGAGACGUGUUGGACGAUUAUUUACGAGGUUUGUUCGCGUUAGCGCACGACCCGGACGACGUGGCGAGGAAAUACGUCUGUCAAGGUUUAGUGCAAUUGCUUCACAUCGCGCCGGAAAAAAUGACGCCGAAUUUAAGAGAGAUUAUUACUUUCAUGUUGGAGAGGCAGACGGAUCCGGACCCGGACGUGGCGGUAGAAUCGUGCGAGUUUUGGGCGGCGUUCGUUGAGGCAGAUUUAGAACCCGAGUCUGUGAACAUUUUGAGAGAGUUCACUCCGCACUUAAUCCCGGUGUUGUUGACAAACAUGGCGUACGAAGAAGACGACGAGGAAGUGUUGCAAGCCGAGGAGGACGAGUUGAACGCAGACAGACCGGAUCGAGAUCAAGAUAUCAAACCGACGUUUCGUGCGCAAAAGGAUAAAUCGUUCGGUGAAGGCGGCAAAGAUGGCGACGAGGAAUACGACGACGACGACGACGACGAUUGGGGGACGUGGAAUUUAAGGAAAUCUUCGGCGAGCGGUUUAGACACGCUUUCUUUACACUUUGGCGACGAGCUUUUGCAAAUCAUGUUGCCAGUGGUUGAGCAACGUUUGGCGGAUCAGAAUUGGAGAAUUCGAGAAUCUGCGAUUUUGGCGUUGGGUGCAGUCGCGGAAGGGUGCACGAACGGUCUCGCGCAGUACCUGCCUCAGCUCGUUGGUUUCCUGUACCCGAUGUUGGACGACGCGAGACCUUUGGUGAGAUCGACGACGUGUUGGACAUUGUCUCGAUUUUCUCCGUGGUUAUGUCGAUCCGCCAUGCCUGCUGAUCACCCUAACGCCGUUCCAGGAACGACCGCGGAAGCUUCCGCGGCUGGUUUGCAACAGUUACAAACGGUGUUGAUGGGAAUUUUGAACAAGAUUGUCGACAAGAACAAGAAAGUUCAGGCGGGCGCCUGCGGCGCUUUGGCAAACUCUUUACAAGAAGGUCGAGAACUUCUCGCGCCAUGGACGGAACAGAUUGUCCAAGCGUUGAGUGCGGCGUUAGAGAGGUAUCAGAGAAAGAAUCAGAGAAACUUAUACGACGCUUUACAGACCAUGGCGGAGUACAUCGGUCCUUCGAUUUCCGAUCCAAAAUACGCCGAUCAGUUGCUUCCGAGAAUGUUGGAGAAAUGGAAAAACGCGCAAGAAGGCGAUCCAGAAACUUAUCACCUCUUAGAGUGCAUCACAGCAGUCGUAGCCGGUACUGGUAGUGGAUGCAUGAAGUAUGCGCCGGAUAUUUUCGCGGCUGCCUCGCAACUGUGCACGACGGAACUGCAGAAGAAAGAAGCGGUGCGAAGAAAUGAGCUUCCUCACGACGCGCACAUACACGAGCAUCUCCUCGUCGGUUUAGAUUUACUUUCCGGGUUAGCUGAAGGUUUAGGUCAACAAUGCGAACCGCUGUUGAUGAAUUCGCAUACGCGAGAGAUCUUGCUGGCGACGUGUGCGGAUGAUACGCCCUCGAUUAGACGAUCGGCGUUUGCGCUUUUAGGGGACGUCUCCAAGGCGUGCCCUCAACACGUCAGUCCAUCGUUGAGAGAGUUUCUCGAUUUGGCCAAGCAAAACUUGGCUCCGGAUAUGAUUACUGCGGCGACGGUGUCCUGUUGUAACAACGCGUGCUGGGCAGCUGGUGAGUUAGCCAUUCGAUGCGAGCCGAGCGCGUUGCAACCUCACGCUCGCGCGUUUGCGGAAUCUUUGGCGGGAAUUCUCGAGAUGCGAAUGGUCAAUCGAAGUUUGGGUGAAAACGCGGCGAUUACGCUAGGAAGAAUCUCUAUGCAGUGCGCGGAAGAGUUGGCGUCGGCUUUGCAGAAUAUCGCUCCGACGUGGUGCGUUGCGAUGCGAAGAUUACGAGACGGUGUCGAGAAGGAACACGCGUUCAAAGGUUUGUGCGAGUUGAUCAAAGUGAAUCCAAACGGAGGCGUGAACUGCUUGAAAGAGAUUUGUGAAGCCAUCGCGUCUUGGAGACAGUGCAGAAGCCAAGAAGUAUCCUCGGCCAUGCGCGACGUUUUGCAAGGGUACAAGAAUCACAUCGGCGCGGAGCAAUGGGCGCAACUGGAGAGGAAUCAUUUAGAGCCGGCGGUGGCGCAAAAACUGAAACAAACGUACGGCGUUUGA